CUGCUGACUAAAAUACUUUAACCGACGUCCCCUGUUGUCGUUAUUUUUCUGGCAUUUUUCCUCUUGGUAAAGGUAUAGUCCCUAGAAAAAAUUAGAAAGAAGGUCAGAAAACAAUUGCAAAAAAUUGAGCGGAACUGGGGGCCAAAUUACUAGGGAGAUUGUAUUUUUAGAAUUAUCGUUUGUAUCCUCAUCUAUUAUGAUACCCCAUACAACUUUUAGUUUUUGUAAAAAAUCGUCGGAGCAAUCGAAAUUUAAUUCUAAAGCCAAAAAAUAGUCAUUGCCUAAAUUUAUUGACUUUUUAGUUUAAUUUUGGAUUUUAUUAAUAUUUUCAGAAUUUGGAUUUAUUUCAAAAAUUGUUUUUAAUUAAAAAAUUUUUCCUUCGAUUUCAGUCAAUAAAGCUUCUGCUAACGAAAAACAAAUGGAUGUGGGUGCUAAUUUGUUUGUUGAUAAUAGCUGCUGAAGUUGACGAAAAAUUAAUGUUCGAUACUUUUAGCGCUUUUGGUGUUAUUUUACAGCCGCCCAAAAUUAUGCGUGAUGUUGAAUCUGGAUCUAGCAAAGGAUUUGCUUUUAUUAAUUUUGCGUCUUUUGAGGCUUCUGAUGUUGAAAAACCUUCAAAAGAAUCUCUAAAUUCACUUCGUGUCAACAUUUAUCGAUUAGAACGCCUUUGUGCUUCCUGGUUAAAUACUGGACAUUUCUCAAAUGUGCCUGAUCGUUUGCGUUUACUUUAGUCUUUUUUGUGUGCACUUAUGGCUAAAUUGGAUUUUUUAUGUGAAGAUUAUUUGUCCUCUUUACGUUUCUGUGAUGAAGGAUUAAUUGAGGACCGUAAUUUGGAGGAUGAAAGCCUUUCAAAAUUUGCUUCUCAACUUUGCUGUUAUUUUCUACCUCCACCGCCUGAAUUAUCUACACAAAAUAAUCAAAGCCUUCCCAAGCAAACCUUCACCACCUCUUCCCAAUUCUUUACCAAUCCAUUUUGGGCAGCUUCACUCGAAUUUUUCUUCAAAAAUUAUUAUUUGCCUGGAUUACCUUUAAUAAUUAAUGA